UUUAUUCCGCGGUUUUCAAAAGCUCUUUUAAAAAUCUUGAAAUUUUACUCGUCUUCUACUUCCUAAAAAAAACUAAAAUAAAUAAUACAAAAAGAUAAAUUAAAUCGUAAAUUUUGAUAGCCAAAAGUGGAUUUAUAAGAGUACAAUUAGAGUUUGUUAGAUAAUGAAUUUCCAUCGCCCGAAAAUUUGCCGAAUUUGUCGGGCACCUGACAAUGACGAUCUCAUAUCCGUGCGAUUGAUCCAGGAUAGCAUCAGCAUCGCCAGGAUGGUCGAAGUUCUGACCGAUAUUCAGGUGACGCUAGACAAAAACCUUCCCCAAAAUAUUUGCUUGCAAUGUUUGGAACGAGUCAGGAGCGCCUAUCAACUUCGGCUGCAGUGUAUAGAAUCGGAUAAGCAGUUCAGGAACGAAAUAUAUUCGGUGAAAGAUGUACUGAAAUUAAGCCACGAUGAGUCCAAAGACAUGAUCAAGUUGGAAAUUGAGGCUUUGGAUAAAGAUAUUGAGCAGGAGGAUGAAAUUUUCACAACGGAUCCAGAUGAACACAGUCUAUCAAUAGUACCUGAAGAAUCGAAUGAGAAGAUUGAUCUGAAGAUUAUAGCAGAAGAGACCGAAGAAAGCUUUUUGGUAGAAGAAUCAAUAGUGGAAACUGAGGAUAGCAAAUUGACAGCUGCUCAGCAGCUGAUAGAUAUUCUGGCCCCGGAAGAGGACAACAAUAGAAAAUCCAGUUUGAUGUAUUUAAGUCAUUAUCAGGAAAAAGAUUACGAAGUGCUUAUCGAGAGCGAUCAUUACGAUCAUGUAAGGUUUAUGUCUGCUAGUUGUUGUGGCUGUUCGGAACGGUUCAAGGACAAGACAGAUCUGGUACAGCAUGGUUUGAUUGAACAUCGCAGGCCCACGAAAGUCAUGUCUAAACCGAAAAAUCGCCAAAUAUAG